AUGGCCACAUCAGCAGGCCUAGGCCCCCUUAUCCGCCUGCGCAACCUCUCACCCUCCAGUCUCCCAUCGCACCCCUCCCUCAAAGAUGCCAACGACACCUCAAUAAUCUCCUUCGCCGCGUCCGCUCUAGCCGAAGCCAACAUCUUCAUGACGGGCUACGCUCCUGCGAAUUUCGACGUCAAAUCUAUCGAAAAGCACUCCGCGCCCGCUACUGCCGCCGUCGAGCUCUCCGCCAAAGACAUCCCGGCCUCCGCCUUGCCCAAAGACAGCGGUGUCCCGAGCGAAGUGACCGAGAACUGGUUCGCGCGGAAGUCGACCCACGACAACAAGGCGGAGAAAGGCACGGGGACUUGGGAGGAAUUCGACUUUGCGCUGAGGGUGGACCAUAGUCAGCACGAGAAGGACUAUACGCCUGAUGUUCUGGAUGCGCAUGAAGUGCUGAACUGGGACGAGCAGCUCGAGAGCAGCGGGAGGAGAGUUGAGGGCGGGUGGGAAGAUGUACAUGCUGGGGUAUAUGAGAUGUGUCAUAAGAUACCGCCGCCAUUGAACAAUCGAGUCUUUUCUGUUCUGGUGAUUACGGGGAAGAAGGAGAAGGAGUUUCUGGUGGUGCAAAUACCUGUUGGGACGCAAGGGCUGCCGGGGGUAAAGUAUCGUGAUGAUUCGAAGGUUACGGCUGGGAUCUAUUGCAGUAUCGAGAGGGGUGAGCUGCUGGAGGAAGGGUCGAAGGUGGUGUGGCAGAUGGCAACGGCUAGUGAUGCGAAGGGUGUACUGCCGAUGUGGGCGCAGAAGAUGGGAGUACCUGGGGCGGUUGUGAAGGACGUUGGAUUGGUGGUUGGGUGGCUUGAUGAGCAGAGAGGGAAGGGGAAGGUGUAA